AUGGCUCCCCGUGAAAUCGAUAUCACCAUAAUAUCAGCAAAAGAUCUGAAAAACGUAAACUGGCGCCAUGGCCAAACGAAGCCAUAUGCCGUCGUUUGGGUUGACCCCAAUAACAGAUUCUCAACCCGAGUUGAUGAAGAACACGACACAUGUCCUUUCUGGGACCACACCUUAACCGUCCCUCUAAAUGCUCCCAUUGACGAAUCCACCCUUUUCAUAGACAUUGUCCACGCCGGCGCCGGCGAAGGCACGAAGCCACUAAUUGGUUCAGUCAGGUUCCCCUUACGAAAUGACGUCGUCGUCGAUCAUGCAAAUCUAAAGCUCGACCUGAGAAGACCCUCCGGCCGUCCUCAGGGAAAGAUCGAAUUCAGGGUAUCAAUACGUGAAAGCCGCGGCUGUCCUGUUUCUGAACCGUAUUAUGCCGGAAACACAUCAAGAGAUUGUUAUGCUCAGGCGCCAAUGCCAUAUGGUAAUCCAUACGCUGCACCGCCGCCAGCUUACCCAUAUGGGUAUGGUCAGCCGUCGUAUGGACAGAUGGGUUACAGUCAACCCGGGUAUGGGCAACCGGUUGGGUACGGGACCCAGGAUGUGUAUCGGCAAUCAGGCCGGUAUGGAACCCAUGAAGUGUAUGGGCAAUCGGGUGGAUAUGGUAGCCAAGAACCGUAUGGGCAGGCUAGCUAUGGCGGCGGUGGCAGCAGCGGCGGAGGAAGCAAAUUUGGCAUGGGGACAGGAUUGGCUGUAGGAGCGGUGGCGGGUGUAUUAGGUGGGAUAGCUUUGGUAGAAGGGGCGGAAUAUGUGGAGGAUAAGAUCACCGAUGAUAUUGCAGAGAAGGUGGAGGAUGAUUUCUAUGAUGGUGGCGGUUAUGACGGCGGAGGUUAUGAUGGCGGCGGUUACGACGGCGAUGAUUUCUAGAGAUGAC